UGUCAGCAGUCUCCCCGUACAAUAUCGUUGAUUCAAACUAUUAUAAUUAAACAUUUUAAACUGUCAGCUUCCAACUGUGCAACAUAGCAGUAUGCUAGAUUUCUCUAGCAGACGACGUAAAUCUCCUGAAGCCCAAAUAACAUGCCUCGUUUUUGGGAUAUUGACUAUUAUUCAGAGGUUGUUGCUGACAGACGAAACUUGCUGAAUAAGGCAUUACUGCUAGCCCUUCCUCCACAAAAAGUUAGUCAUGGACUGAAUUGUUGUUUGCCUUGCUCAGCUGGACAUGUGAUAAAUUCUUUCAGAUUUUCAUAUGACAGUAUUGCCGAAAAUGCAAUGAGUCCUUUAGAAUGGUUAGAGAGCUGCCCAAGGAUCAACAUUACAUCAGAUUUGGAAGCCUUCGAAAGUGACAGUUUGUGUCAAAGAACAGAACGGAUACCACUAGAGGUUGUUCCAAGUUCAAAUCCUGACUCUGAGUCAAGCUUAUCUGAGGCAGCAAUAAAUGCUCAGACUGAUGACACAACAGCCUCCCAAAAUGAUUGUCUUGAGUUUACAAGUCCAAGUAUUUUAAAAGAAAGAUUCCAUCCGAUAUGUUUGGAAAAUGAUACAAAGCAGAAACAGCAGAAUGAAAUGAGCAGAACAGUCGAAGAGGCGAAAAAAUAUCUAAAGGAGGAAUUGGAAGAAUUGUGGUGCCAGAACGAGCUAAAGCUGACAAUUUCACGUUUGCCUUCUCCGUCUUUGUUGGUCUCAAGACUCCAUAUUUUAGAAUUAUCUGACCCUUUUGUCAAAGCUGACGGUGAAAUAUUGAAAGAAUCUGAUUUUUUCAAGAAAUGUGGUCUUAACUCUUUUGAGACGGAUCGUUCUGUCAUUGCUGAAGUCAAAGAAGUCCAGGAUGAUUCCUUUACAAAGCACAAUUUUAACUGCAAUGAAAAGGAGCAAUUCUUGCUUCCUCGAGUGGAAAAGACUGACUGGGCUUCUCUUCAAGAUGUCUGCAACAUAGAUCAUGUCAGAAAAAAUGUUCUGUCCUCUGACUUCUUGGAGAUAUUGGAUGUUGGGUCAGUCAGUAAAGAUGACCUCUUGUUUAUUACAGCCAACAUUGUUGAACGUGAAAAGAUUGAGCAAAUGGAUGAUAGUCUCUCGCACUCAAGCUAUUGUCCCCAGCUGUUGUCUCUCAAGGAGCUGAAUGAAAUUGGAUGCGGCUCAUCUUUCGAGAAAAUAGACCAAUCAAGCAGCUCUCCAUUCAUGAAUUUGCAAUAUAUUUCUAUAGUAGAUGAUGAAAACCUGGAAAACUGCCUUGAAAUGGCUUCAAAGCAUUUGAAAGUGAAACCAGAAGAAGGGCUUGGAUCUAAGUUGUGUCUUCUGAAAGAUGAACAAAUUUAUAACUAUGAACAGUUGAUGCAAAGUGGAGAAAAACAAUUUGAUUCAGCCCAGUUGCCAGAGCCAUCCCUAGUAUCAUCAAAACUUGAAAGCAGGUGUUCUACCGUGAAUGAGUUGUUAGAUACUUUAAAACUACAGCCACUGGAGAGGACAAAUGAGACCUCAGACUACAAUUGCCAUCAUAAAGAAUAUUCAACCCUUUCAGUGGGAAAAUUUGUUUCAGAUGUGACCCUGCCCAGGUCUUAUGACUCAGACAUAUUUAGUGAGAUUUUUUCAUCAAAGUCAGAUGUCCAGUUUCAAGAAGAUCAUCAUGAGAAACAAGAAGUCAACAUUACUAAAGCAGACAGUGUGGAUAGUACAUUGGAAACCAGUUUCUGGAACAAGAGCAGAGAGGAAGUUGGACAAAAUUGUGAGAUGGCUGCUGAUGACUUCACAAUGGAUAUGGCUCCAUUAGAUUCUUUUAUGCACGUUCUGUCCAAGAAUUCUUCCCCAAAGAAAGCAAGACUACCAUCAUCAUCAGAUCAAAAGGUUUUACAUCCCAGCCUUGAAAUGGUAUCAAGGGAGCAAAAAAUAAGAAGCCCCCAAACAGAAAUGUUCAAGUCAAUUGAAGUUCCAUUUGCAGGACAUUUCGAACAACCAAUGCAGUGUUUACUGGCAUCUGUAGCUCCACAUUUUGAAAGGGUAAAGGCCAGCUCUCUGAUCAAGCCAGGAACCUCGCUCUUAUCUGUGCCUUUGGGUAUAACACGCUUCUUACUGAAAGGAAUGCGACAGCAGUGUUCUAGUCAGCAAACAAUAAGCAAAGAGGAUAGAGAUCUCUCCAAAAGCCUUUCAGUACUUCACGUUCACAGGGUUGCGGCAGAACUUCUUCUCAAUGCAUGUUUUGAAAGUGUGAUAACUUAUCUUUCUACUACUGCGGAUUCAAGUUCUUUAAGCUUAGGAGAUACUUUAGAAGAUCUACGUCAACAUCUGUUCCAAUGGCAGUGUAAAUUUCUGAGGGCCAGUAUAAAGCACCCUAAACUUGCUGUGAUGAUUGACCAAGUGCACACGUUUGCUGCACAAAGCCCCGAGUCAAAGAUUCUCGUCAUAAUUGUCAAGCAAGUACCUGAACUUCUCCGAGUAGUCACAAACUACUUAUCAGAAUCAGGAAGCUUAACUGUUACGGUCAUAAAGGACAGACAGCAGAAGAUUAACUCUGCCUCUGACACAAAAGACAAAACAGUUGUCUAUGUCUCGGACAUUCCUACAAUACUCACUGAGGAAUUUCUCAGUGAAUUUUCCUUGGUGUUGGAAUACGAUGACAGCCCAUCAGCAGCUUCAGUAGCCAAAGAGCAUUGUCAGCUUGAAAAGAUUCCUUAUAUUGGCUUACAUUCUUUCUUUGCUGGUGAUGAUGUUGUUAAAGAAGAAUUUGUUGCAAAAGAAAGAGUCCCACCCUUCACUGUAGUUAGCUCAACUGAGGUGACCCAAUACAGGGAACUAUUGCAGCUCUUGGAGUGUAGGCACAAUAUAACGGUGAUCGAGCGUGACUACACAAUGCUCAGUAAAAAUAUGGAUGACUUCUACCACGCAGAUCUCAUUGUGAGCCCUUUUCACAGCAUUGUAUUACUGCCACUGCAUGAAGUUAGUGAGGACUGGGACUUGGAUGCUUUUGUGAGAAGACUGGUUGCCCUUGGACUCCAGUUCUCGCACUGUUAUGUCAUUGCUCAUUGCAUUGGAAGCCCAAACAGAUAUAUGCUGGACAAACAGAGGAACACGAACUUGUAUAAGUUGAGAGGAUCACUGUCGAAUCUUAGUGGAGCAUCAAAAAACUUCAAAUGCUCCUACAAGGUAAGAUUGUUCCUUGUAAAUCUUAAUAUUGAAUUACCAACCAAAACUUUGACAGGGCUUGAGACUUUUCACUUAAAAAGUGCCUGUGUUAAAAGAAUAAAAAUAAUUCAAUCUCUGUGUAAGACCUUCUGGGAUCCUAUUAAACGAACUAUGUAA